ACUGAUGGGAGGGGGAGAACCCCAAGGGCCACAGUCGGAAUCGUUCAACUUUUAGAGAUCGUCGAGAUUACAGACCACCCUCUAUCAAAAUCCAUGACAGAUAUUAUCCGAAAAGUCCAUUAAUCAAAUCAAGUCCACACGAUCAUUUUAUUGUCGUUCAACGGAGUCGGGCGUGUGCAUUUUCUGUGUUUAAUGGCGAUGAAGAAAACCCCACAUUCAAUCUAUGUUGACUGUUCGCUGAUGUUGUAGAGAGAGAGAGAGAGAGAGAGAGAGAGAGAAGAGGAAGGUUUUUGAAAGAGAAAUGCGUCAGGGAAAAAUGAAACCCAAACCCCAUGUCUCAAUGGUGAAAGACGCUGAAAUAGCCAAAGACAGAGAUGGAGUUGCUACGAGGAAGAGCGUCGAGCCAGCAUCAGACCACUGGGCUUUUCUGGAAGAAAUUGAAGCUCCUAUGUGGGUAGAUCUUGAUCACGAAGCUAGCUCCAGUUAUAAAGACAUUGACGAUGAUUGGUUUGAGAAAAGCCAUCCGAUCCAUCAAUGUUCUUCCCUUCGAUUAAUUUCGGUGUUUCCUCAUGGUGAGGGGAUUGCAAAUGUAGAGUUUGCCAUGCAGGAACCAUCUUCUCCAAAGCUUCCACCCUCAGUCUCACAAUCAAGAGGCAAAACUUACAGAAGCAGGGAGUGGGGACAAAUCAAUUCUGGGGUUGUGGCAAAUAAGAGACACCCAGUCCAGAAUUUAAGCAGUAAAUCUUCACGGGUAAAUUUAGGAUCUGGUCAGACAAUGAAGACCAAACCAAGCAAUGGACCAAGAGGAAACGCUAAAACAAAACCAAAUUCAGUUUGCAAAAGCAGCUUAACUGGAAUGUCUGGACCGAAAUACCCAAACCCAUCAUCUAUUGUUCGGGAUUCAAAAACCAGUUCAAGCUCUGGAGCAAUUAAGGAAGACUACCAAUCAGUGAGCACCAUUACAUCAGAGAAUAGUGAGAACAAACAACAGAAGUUAUUGGAGGUGUCUAGUCAAGCUGUUUGUCACACAAACGGGCUUCUAUCAGCUCUAAAGAUUACUCUUAGAAAAAGUUGUGCUACUAGACAAGCAUCAAGGGUGGACAGAGAUGGUGGGAGGCAAUCAGAGGGAUGUAAAUCUUCUUCGGGAAAAUCGAGUGUGGGAUCCUCUUCCCUCCCCGGGUAUUAUGUUAAGAACAAAACACUUCCUGCAUCGCAGAAUAAAGACAUAACUCCUGAUAGUAGAAAUGUCAUGAGAGCGCCUCAAGCUACUACGGACAAAGUAAAAAUGCCAAGUAUGUCCAAGGACUCUAUUGCAAAAAAUCAGGAUUUGAUUUCUAAACCAGGAGGCGGAUGCAAAACAGUGGCUCUUGCAAAGUCAACCCACCUGGAAAAUGCAAAAUCUAAGGGUGGACAUUCUAAAGUAAUGAGACAAGAUAGAGUCAAUAAACAAGAUUCUGCGACUACGGCUGCAAAAGCGGUUGGCAAAGUGGGAGUCGAGAAGUAUAAUAGACUGGGUGAUGGUAAAGAGAAUGCUACGAGUCAAAGAUCCAAUACCAGAGCUGGAGGCAUCGUUCAGGUUCAGAAAGUGACGAGGCAAAUUGCACCUCCAAAGAGUGACAGAGCAGGAUUGAUUGUUCCAAAGGGGAAAAUCAGUGGGCGCAACGAAGGGAAAAGUUUGACAAAUGUAAUUCAGAAGGUGUACUUUCGGUAAAGGGAGCAAAAGUAGCCGGUUUUGUACAGUUCACGCUUCACUUCAUUUUUUGUUUUUCGGUUUAUUCGAGCCCGACCGAAGUUAGAGCAAAAACAUCAAGAUCUCAAUUUUUUGUUGAAACUUAAGAUUCUUCCUCACUUGUUUCACUUUA